AUGGGUGAAUCAUAUGCAUCCACCAAAUACAAAAGCUGCAAGAGAUGCCCCGGAGACAAGGAAGGAUGGAAUGCAGAGUAUUGUGCAGAAGAACGCAGACCUUCGAAUUGCAUUGCAGGUAUAAAAGAUGAAACAAAUGAUGCAGGAAAUACAAGAUCGCUGACAAGGAGAAAAAAGGGUAACAAAGCACUAGAAGAUUACUUAUAUCCAGGCACAUUCAGGAGUACACUAGUGAAAACGUCAGAAGAAUACAGUUUCCCAGAUAACUGGACCAACACUAAUUUCCAACUGAGGAUGAUGCAAGCAGGCGAAUCAUUUUUUAUCAUCACGGAUGAGGGUUUGACAUUAGAAUAUCUUUACGCUGAAAGUGUAUGGCUCUGGUUAAGACACGAUCAUUCGACGCCUAUGAGAGGUUCCCUAGGAAACUACAAUGGAAGUUUAUUUUUUGUUGACAUGUAUGGAACCUUGCUUAUCAGAGAAAGGAGCAGCAACGAGCUAGAGUGGAUAAACUGCACUGCAAUGAGGAAAGGAACGCAAGUUAUCGCAGGCCCUCCUUGGGAUGGUAUGCCGCGUAAAAUGGAAGUCACAGCAGAAGAUGCACUCUUCUUUGUGAGCAAAAUUGGAAGGCUAAUGCAGUUCACGGUUGCCCUCAGAAAGUUCGAAUGGAGAGAUUGCCGGAACCCUCCAGAAACCAAACUUGCAUGCAUAGUAGACCAAGAAAUGUUUAGGCAAAAUAUAGUGUGUGUUGUUGGAAGAAAUGGCAGGCCGUACCAGUAUAACAAAGUGACAGAGUUGUGGCAUGAGCAUCACCAAUCUCAGCAUUUGGUUCUAUCCAGGUUGCCCGGAACUGCCAUGAGGCCUUCGAUGUUUUCACUAACAGGUUCACUUUUCAUGCUUUCAGAAGACGGUCGCCUGGUUGAAUAUCACUGGAAUACAUCGGAUGGUUGGAACUAGGUGGAACAUGGCACUCCAUGCAAAGAUGUUACCUUGGUUGCUCCUCUC